AAUGCCCGGCGAAUUUGCAAAGUUUCCGGAGCAAUCAGCUGGAUCUCAUCAAUUUCGUAACCCACUCGAUGAACUUACGGGAUCAAAUACAAUAACAAAUUUAACUGCACACGAUUUUGAUUAUUUUACACAGUCCGAGAAAAAUUCAAAUUUAUAUACAAGUGAAAAUACAAGCAAUUCUAACAGAUUAAAUCUCAAUCAAAAUAUACCGGUCGGCACAUUAAUAGAUGGAUUUGAGCUUAUUAAUGAAGCUUCUGGCUCCGGCUUUUUAGAUGAUCAAUUAGUGGAUGUUAGCGAUUAUAGCCGAGAUAGGACGACGAAGCUGGAUAGGAAUAGGAAUUCUCCCGAGCUAAUAGUUGCUCUUUUGCAACGAAAAGUUCAAGGAAUUCGAUUUUCAUCGAAUUAUGGAAGAGAGGAAGAACCAUGUGUUAUUGAGAUCCCACCAGGAACAAUGGUUCGCGAAAUGGCAGAUGAUGAUUGGAAAAUGUCUGAAUUAAAAGAAUGGUUCACAAAAUCAAGAGCUUCUUCGCAUUUACGUGAUGGAUUAGCAAUGCCCAUGGAGGAACUCGACUGCACUCCUCUGAUUUGUGCAAUGAUUACCAGAUCCGAUGUAAUGAGAAUAAACCAAGAUCAAGCAAUACAUCUUCUGGCUGUCAGUGUAGAGAAACGAAUAGAAGUUUAUCAAAAUUUCGAAUGGUUCAAUUUCAUUCUGAAUCUGAAAAUUGGCGAUUCUGUUUCUGUGGAAGUGGACGAAACAAUGCGACGGGUUCCAGCAAAAGUGUCGUGGAUCGGUGAGAGACCGGAAGCAUCAGGAAUAUGGUAUAAUGUGGACUUUGACGGGAACACUUCUCAGUGGCCUUCUUCAAAUCAAUCAUAUUCAUCAUCCCAUGACCGACUGAAUCGUCAAUUUGAUACGAAUUGGAAUUUUGAAAUGUCUGGAUCUUCUUCAGUUGCACCUUCCAAUUCCCGUCUAUAUUAUUCACCCAAUCAAAUGCAUAUGCCAAUGAAAGGCGGUGGAGUGUCAGCUCUAUACGAUAAUAGAAGGCUUGUGCAAUAUUCUGGAGAUGAAGAACAAUAUCGAAGUGCACCAAAACCGGCUCCAAGAGAACGAAUUAUUCCAGUUUCAAGGCAACAACCAGAAAUUGAACAACGGAAUAGUCGAUCUAUGAAACCUUCUGAACCGGAUUAUAAUACUUAUUCGACUCAUCCACCACGGCCGCCACCAUCAUCAUCAAUGAAUUAUCCAUCUAUGUCAAAUACACAUUCAUUACAACCAAGUCGAAGUAAAAGUGUUCAAACAAUUCAAAGAAAUCAAUUCGUUCGACAAAAUCCUGCAGAAAGAAAUGAACGAGUUGAAAGUGAUCAACUGAACUUUCGAAUUGGUGAUCAAUGUAUUUGGAAUAAUAAUGGAGCUGAGGAAAGAGGAAUUAUUAAAUAUAUUGGUUUCUUGAAAGGGCACAAAACAUUAUAUGCUGGUGUCGAAUUUAAAAACACAAUUGGAGCAGGCACUGGUGUCUUCAAUCGAGAACAGCUAUUCCUUGCUAAAGAUGGUCAUGCUGGUUUCGUUGAACUUUCUUCACUGGAAUCACCAUCCUCUUCUAUAUCAUCCACGUCUACAUCAUCAUCUCAGCAUCGUCGUCGAUUAUCUUCCUCGAGGAGUCAACAGAUGCCAGCUGCAUCGGGAACUUCCAUUAGUGUCCCGGUUAAUGGACGUCACAAUGUGAAUGGAAAGCAAGCGUCGAUAGAAUCACUUUCGGAUCCUCCACCACCACCGUACGCACCGCCAUCUCCGCCAAGAGCAUCGUCUGCCGCUGCGGCUCACCAGCAACCACCGCCUUUGCCUCCGAAGCCAUUAGCUAGAGUGGAAGAUUUUCUGAUUGAUUCGUAUGAUAUUGGAAGUCAUGUUGUUGUCAGACAUCUUGGAGCACAACGUACAGGAGUUGUUCGAUGGCUCGGCGAGGAAAUUGACGACGAAGGAGAUCGAAUUGUUCGUUCAGCGAUUGUUCAACUGGAUGAGGAUGUUCCGACGGCUUGGCGUCGAAGUCAUGAUGCUUCCUCGUACACUGGUUCUCCAGUAGUUGGAGGUGUUCUUGUUCCGAUUCAAUCUCUGAAGCACAAUCAUUCGGGAUCGUCUUCCAAUGGAGCUUCUGUAGUUCAGACUUCAACCUAUCCAACUAGCCAAACGUAUAAUAACAUCAGCCGGCGAACUGAAGAUUUCGGAAGUAUGGAUUCAGGAGUGGAGAAGCAAAAAUGUGGAAUUGCAAAGGACAUGCAACAAUUAGUUGGCAGGCAGAAAGGAAUUCAGGGUUACUGUAACUCGUGUUAUCUGGAUGCCACGUUGUAUGCAAUGUUUGUCCAAACCACUUGCUUUGAUUUUCUUCUUGAAAAAUCGAUCAAAGGAUCAGAAACGGCUCAACAAUUUCAAAAAAUUCUGGCCCACGAGAUCGUGUUCCCUCUUCGAAAAGUUCAUUAUGUGCGAGCGGAUCAUGUCAUGAAACUUCGAAAAUUGCUCGCUGAGCUCAUGCCGCAUGUAACAGGGCUUACAAAUGAAGAAAAAGAUCCAGAAGAGAUUCUUGGAUUCAUAUUCUCCAAAGUUUUCCAUGCUGAGCCAUUCAUAAAGUUGAUCGGACAAAAUCACGCAAAAGAUUCUCAAUAUCUUGUACCAAUUGUGGUGGAUGAUUGGCUGGGAGGUGCAGCAACUUCACAGCAUUUGCUCGAACGGCAUAUGAGAUCAGCUCAAGUAACAUUUGCAAAAGCUCCUCCAGUAUUGAUUAUGCAAUUACCAAGAUAUGGACAACAGAAAGUGUUUGAUAAGAUUCUUCCUCUGGAAACAAUUGACAUUACUCCGUUCGUUGCUGGAGCGGUUCCGGCUUGUUCAAAAUGUCAAGCAUGCUCAGAAGUCUACUGCCCGACGUGUUUCCUGACGAGAAGAGUUUUCUAUUCGGAAGUGAUAUUCUGCAGAAAAUGUUUCCACCAUACACAUCUUUUGCCGGAAAUUGAAGAUCACAAGAGUCGAGAUCUCUACCCACCUGGAAAACCACAAAAGAAACCACACUCCCACAAAAUGGUUCUCUCAGCGGUUCUGUGCAUAGAAACAUCUCAUUACGUUGCUUAUGUUCGAACUUCAUCGAAUCAAUGGGUAUUCUUUGAUUCGAUGGCUGAUCGAGAAGGACUAUCUGAUGGGUUCAAUGUUCCAGUGGUCAGAGAAUGUGGAAAUAUGUCCGAUUGGUUAUCACUGCAAGGAUGGAAUCGUUUGAAGGAUGCUGAUGAGUGUGGACAGAUUAAGGCAAUGUUCGGCAAACAAUCAUCGUUGGAUCCUCUGGUAGGACGUCUCCUUUCCGACAGUUAUAUUUGUUUCUACGAGGACGCCUCACCGACAUCUUCGUCAUCUUCCUCCUCUACCAUCAUAAGCUCGAUUAAAAAUAUGAUGAACUAGACAUCCUGCCUUUUUUGUAUCAUAAUACGUAUUAUCUUUUUCAUGUAUUCAAAAUGAGUAGAAUUCUGUAAUUUUUAUCUUUCCCCAUCCCUUCUAAUUUCUUCAAGUCCUCCUACACCUUUGCUUCUACGGGCUUCACAUUUCCUUAAAGAAUUUUUAAAGAAUCUGAAAAAUUAAAAAAAAACAAAUUGUCUGUAAUUAUCUGUGUACGUAACUUCUGAACCAUUUAACACUUUUCCCCCAAGCCCGGUCGUUUAAUUGUGUCUUUUGCCCCCACUCUGAUUUACCCGUUUUGCUUCUUAGAAUGGUGAAUGUAAUUCAACUAGUUGUUUCCCUCUCGAUUCGAUUUUUCAUUUUUCAUUUCAUUGAAAAUCCAAUAAAAAUCUGAAUCUUG